AUGACAACGAUACUCAACUCCGACUGCCUGGCCCAAAUUUUUCACUACCUCGACUUUGCCGAACGCGUCAAGCUGGAGGGCGUUUGCCGGCUAUGGUGUCGCAUUAUGGCCGCCUACUCGACAAACUCAGAUAUUCAGGAGAUGAAUAUUGCCGAAUUUUUGAAGACCACCAAUACUGAAUACUAUCAACAGGACAGCCUGUCUUUCGAACCGACAACGAUCGGGAUUAUCGACCGUUGUGGGCAGUAUUUGCAAGAGCUGUCCUUUGGGGGGGAGGUGGAUGAAGGUGACGCAGAGGAUUUCGGAUUCAAUGGCAAGGUGAGCUGGGGGAUUCGCCAAUGCCACGCUCUCCGCCGCCUCGACCUGAGCGCCGUGAUCAUCCACGGGGACAUUAGCGACGUUCUCGACAAGGUCGCCGAGAACCUCGAAGACUUCUCCCUGGAGGACACCAGUUGGGUGGACCCGGAAGCACCGAAAAAAAUCACGCCCUAUUUCCCGCGAAUGACCCGGCUACGGCGGUUGAACAUGCGCGCCCAGUCAACGGCCGUCCUCAAUGAGCUGCAUAAUGUGGGCGGGGAAUUGGACACGGCGCUGCGAGACAUGAGGAACUCGUCGCUGAUCAAGCUGCUGGAGCGGCAGAUCGGGCUCAAAGAACUGGUGAUGUGCCCGUCGCCGGUGUUGCUCAAUGACGAGUUCAUGGCCCGACUGCUGAACCUGCGCGCGCUGCACACGCUGCGCAUCAGCCACGUCCCCAACGAGGGCUACGCAAUCGAAUUGCUCGGCCAGCUCGAGGGGCUGCGCAAGUUGGCGCUUCAGGAGGUGCGCUCGCUGACCGAGGAGUCGCUGCAGCUGAUUCUGACUGGGCUCCGGAAAUUGGAGAGCCUCUCGAUGGCCAAGUGCCAAAAUGUAUACGGGUUCAGCGCGCUGGACCACUGCCAUUGUCUUGAAGAGCUGGAGAUUAGCGACAAUACGAAUUUGGUGGAUGAUGAUCUGUUUUCGGUGUUUGGCCUGGGAGGGCUGAAGCGACUGAGGGUGGUGCGUUGCAGCAACGUCAGCACCGAGGUCAUCGUUCACGCGUUGCAGCGCAAUCAACUUGAAACCCUCGACCUGACCGGCAGCACGAUGAUGAACGACGAGGCGCUGUUCGCCAUCGCGUCCACGCAAAAUGAGCUGGGCUAUUUGAGCGUGAAUGGAUGCUACAAGACGUCGAGCAAAGGAGUGGCAGCCAUCUCUCAUAUGGCGAAUAUCGAGAAGCUCGACGUGCUGGACGUUUCGAAUAAUCGAAAGAUCAACGAAAUGGCCAUCCUCGGACUGCAUAAUGCCCUGACGCUGAAGCGCCAGAAUCGACGCUUCGAGCGCCAAGCCCAUCAAGAGGAUGAUGGCUUCAAGGCUGCCGAUUUGGCGGCAUUGGAGAUUCCAAGCAAACUCCUAAAAGUCUACGCGACGCAGUCGUCAAUUUCGACGAGCGUCGACGAGGCGGUGGCCGAUUGCAUCGAGAUUCUGCGG